CUGUUGUUUCGUUGUAUUUUAAAUAUAGUUUAAACAAAACAAAUAUAUGAUUAUAAAUUGCACACCAAAUUUCAUUAUAAAAUUACAAAUAGAUGUGUUUUAUAUCUAAUUGGAAGUACAACAAAAACACAUUAAACCGAUAAGACUAUAUAUAAGACUAUAGAUUUGCUUUGUUAACAUUGUAUUACAAUUAAAAUUUCUUUGCAAAAUAUGUAAAUAAAAUGAAUUAAUGACAUUGAUGACAAUACAGAAACACUACAUAUGUUUUACAAACAAUGCAUAGCAUAAAAUGUGAUUUUUAUUACACAUAAUGUUGUAAAACAAGUUUGUGAAUGUUUUACAGAGGAUGAUAAAGGUAGUGUCAGAAUGAAAAGGUACAUAUCUUGAAUUUUGUCAUCAAAAUGGACAUGAAUAAAGAAUUAUACGUAGAAGAAGGAGAAGAAGAAGGUGAUGGUGAUGUAGAAUACAAGAGUAAGGCUCGAAGACUGCCGAAAGACCAUGGCUGGGCAUGGUUUGUAUUGUUAGGUGCAUCUCUUGAAAUGUUCCUUCUUGUUGGGAUUGUCAAGUCGUCUGGAAUACUGUUUGUUGCGUUCCAAGAGAAGUUUUAUUCCAGUUCCUCUGUGACGUCAUUGUUGUCAACCGUCCAAAAUAUAUGUCAAAGCAUCAUGGCUCUCAUUGUGAUGACUUUUGGGAUACGAUUUACGACUUGCCGCACGCUCCUGUUUAUAGGCAGUACCAUCACCUGUCUUGCUUACGUCAUAACAUCUCAGGCCACAGAUAUUCGUGUGUUACUGUUUUCACACGGAGUUCUUCAAGGUAUUGGUGCUGGAUGUAUGCAGCCUACCGCCCUUACCAUGGUGAGCCUUUAUUUUGAGAAAAGGCGUAGUCUGGCUAAUAGCAUUGCUGUUAGUGGUGGACCAGUGGGAGGUCUAAUAUUUGCUCCACUCAUAACAAGACUUCUUUCCAUAUAUGGCUAUCAAGGGUGUGUGCUCAUUUUAGCUGGUAUACUGAUGAAUGGGUGUAUAAGUGGGGCAUUAUUUAGACCAACGACGUCAUAUGACGCUGAAUCAGGGAAAACAAUUCCGCUUCUGAAAACGAGAAAGCUUGGAAGAAGACCAGACACUUUUAGUUCAUGCAAAGAGCCUUUUGAGAACAAUCAGGAAACACUAAGCGCAAAUGAAAAAGACGCUGAGUCGGUUAAAUAUAAACUUAUAAUCGACUGUGGUCAUUUAGUUAAAACUGAGCAAUGUGACUUAGCUGAUACAAACGGAUCUAAGAAACAACAGGGAAAAUGCUGUUCACAUGAUUCACAGGAAAUAAAUGUUCCUAAUGGUGUAAGAAAGGCUGCAACAAACUGUCAUAACAGUACACUUGAAAACAUACAUAAAGAAAUUUUUGAACGUGAAGUUGACGAACAAGCUUGUAUCCCGGAUGAUGAACACAUGGUAGCUUGGUACAGUUCUUGUUGUAGCAAGGACAACUUCAAACUUAUCAAGAAUCCAGUAUUUUAUGCUUUUCUUAUACAAGGAACUUUGAUCUGUUCAGGCACCGUGGUGGCACCUAUAUUUAUAGCACCAUAUGCAAAAGACAUAGGUAUAGACAUUGACGAUGCUGCAACAUUAGUAACUACACAAAGUUGUAUAGAUUUGCUAUCACGCGUUUUGAUUGGCUACAUCUCAGAUAAAGGUUGGGUUCGACGAUCUAACAUUGUCGCCUUUUCAACCGCCGUCAUUUCUCUUUCCUCAUGUUUAUUAGGAUUCUAUACAAACUACACUAUGCUUUUAUGCUACUCUAUAGUAUUAGGACUUGUGUCCGGCGUAUACUUUUCAUUAUUCGCUGUUGUGCUGAUAGAUUACUUGACACUCGCUCAUUUCCAAACAUGUCUCGGAUUUAUGGCCCUUGUACAUGGAUUCUCUGUGGCAGGAUCAUUUUACUUAGUUGGUUUUUUGAGAGACAUCUCGGGGUCUUACGUAAUUCCGCAUCAAGUGAUAGGUGGUGCAACUGGUGUAGGUACAAUCAUACUAUUCUUAUUACCAGUGAUACAGUCUUGGUGGGAAAGACAUUCUGAGUGACUAACAUAGUUAUUUGAAUAUUUUUUAAAACGUAAUUAUAUAACAUAAUUUAUUAUUUGACCUAAAUUGAUUUCCUAUAUAAGUCAAUAUAAAUCAAAUGACCCCGGGGUGGGCUAAUAUUGACAUCAGAGGCAUGAUUAAUAUCAGUUUUGCAGAGGUACACACGCUUAAUAGCUUAGCUCUUAGCAUUGUAGUUUCACACAUAUAGACUAAAAUGGUUUUUUUCUAUAGAAGUCUUUAUAAGUAAAGUGACUCCCGGCGGGGCCUUAUAUUGAUCCUAAGGUAAUGAUUGAAAAUCAAUAUCAGUUUGUUUUGUGAUGGCCAAUAAGGAAAUGCUACGUGCUAAAUAUCUAAGCUCUGGGCAUUGUAGUUUGAUCACAAGAAGACUCAAAGUAGUUUUCCCUAAGAAGCCUAUAUCAAAAAUGUGACCGGGUUGGGCCAAUACUGACCAAAGGUAAUGAUUUUUAUCAAUUUUGUAGAGGUUAACAAAUAUUUAAGCUCUAGGCAUUGUAGUUUUACAAAAAAGACUGAAAUGUGUUUUCUCGUACAAGGCUUUACGAACUAAAUGACCUAAGGAGCGGGCCAUUAUUGACCCAAGUUUCUCCAGUUUUGGAGAGGCCAACUAGGCAAUGCUAUAUGUCAAAUAUCUAAGCUCUAAGCUCUAUCACAGGAAGCCCAAUUUGUGUUCUGCACGUCGUCUUUUUUAAGAAGAAGUUUAAUUUCCUACUUUUGGUUAAAAAGACACGGAGCGAGCAUAAAAUUUUGAAAUUCAUACAAAAUGAGUGACCUUGACAUUGACCAGAGCAAGGAGAACAUUUCUGUCGAGUACAUGUACUUUCAAUUUCCUUCCACCGGUUCAAAAUAUACAGACCGGAAACGAACCGAACACGAAAUUGCUAAAACAGAUGGACAGACAAUCAAGUGCAUAACAAUGUACGCCGACAAUUUUUCACACGUUUAAAAGCUUUUUUUUCUACAUGACAUAUAGGAGAAGAUUCUGUAUUAUUGGAGACAAUUUGUAAUAUUUUUAAGGAAAAUCGUUACAAAAUUCUGAACAUAUUUUAGCUGUUCUUGUUUAGUUUUAGAAUAACAUAUACAUGUAUUAAGUUUUUAUUAUGUAUAACUAAUAUUGUCACGUAAUACAUGAAUUGAAUAUUAAACAAAUUUGCAAUUCA